AUGGCGUCUAACCUACGAUUGCCGAUGGCUGUGCCACGCAAUAUCUCUCAAUCGACUCUGGGUUCCGUUCAGUCCCGGUCCUUCUCCCAGAGUUCUCAGCAAUGGGCCGGUGGCAGAGCUGUCAACUUCCGCCCUCCGAGUGUCGCGCAACCCUCGUUUAAGACUAGAACGAAGGAUAUGAAGCCUUCGGAUCUGCCAAAUGAUAUCGGAUUGCUGCCAGGUACCUUUGUCCGUCCUUUGUGGAGGGACAUGCCCUCCAUCUUCCAGCAACCGCGCGAGAGGCUGCACAUGGAAUGGACAUGGAUGAAGUCGGUCUUCAGCAACUACACCAGUCUCCUCCAAUACUGCAAGCGCGAAAACGACCUCCCACUACUCCUCAAGCAGCGCCGAAACUACGCUGGCAGACUGCAGGAAAUCAUGUACACAGCCUUCGCCGAAGGCAACAUUCCCGAAAUCAAGCGCAUCACCUGCGACAACCUCGGCCGCAAACUCAUCCGACAGAUCGAAGGCCGCCCUAGAAAUGAACAAGUGAGCUGGAAGCUCGUGAAAUACCUCCGGAAGCCAAGCACCAAUUUCCUAGGCCUCCGCGUCGUCUCGGAUCGCGCAACCUCCAUCCCCGAGAUCCCAAAAUCUGGUAUCCGCCAAAUGGUCGUUCGCGUCACAAGUCGUCAGGCCACCUCCACCACCCAGAAACCGACCAGUUCGUCUACUGAGGUUGUCCCUAUCUCCUCCAAGCAACAGGACAUUACCGAAUACAUUGUCAUUCAGAACCUGCGCUGGAACGGCAAGGACCAUGGCUGGAGGGUUUGGGGUACCACCAACCCAACCACCUUGCACGCCACUCAGACAGAUCCCUAUUUCAUGCCUGGCCUGUCGGCUAUGGAGCGUAUGGAGAUGAUCAAGGAUUCGUUGAACAAGAAAUAG